AUGACGGUUGCCAGUCAGUCCAUUGAAGAAUUCAAAGAAUGUUUAUAUCACAUGCAAGAGACGCGGAAGUUGUUGACCAUGCAGUUGCUGGCAACUGGGAAAAUCACUUCGGCAGAGAUACAAAUUCUAAAGAGAACACUAGAGGAAAUGCAAGACGAGCGGACAACAGACUUCUACAUUCGACACAUUCACUCAAGGGGAGCCACAUUUGCCAUUAACAUCAGAGAUGAGAUUUUGGGACUUAAGAAGGAUUUUUUGUUCUUGGAGAACUUUGCGUCAGAGUGUGAAAGCGAAGAAUCGUUUACGAAUAGACUAAAGCUGUGUGACCUGCCAGGAUUGUUAUCCAAUAAUCAGAUCGAUAUUCGUCUCAUGAAUGGAUUCGCAGAGGAGGUUGCAAAAUGUAAAGAAUUCUUGAUGGAUUUGAUCACGAUUGAGUCUGAUGGAAUUAAGCCACUUUUUAUCACCGACUGGGAUGGAACCAUGAAAGAUUAUUGCUCUCAGUACGCCACUAACUUGCAGCCAGCCUACAGUGCUAUUGUCAUGGGAGUAUUCGCAAGAAACUUUACUCGCGCCUUUGCUGUCCUCACUGCUGGCCCACUCCGUCACCCUGGAAUUCUCGACUUGACUUCUCUUCCAAUCGACGGACCAGUCAUGUUCAGUGGGUCCUGGGGACGUGAAUGGUGGCUUGGAGGACGUCGAGUGGUUCACGAUGAUGGAAUCCCUGAGGAAGGAAGUGUAGCCAUUGGACAACUUUACGAACAGCUCGAAGAGAUUCUUCAUGAAGGAGAAUUCGUUCAAUUUGCUUUGGUUGGAAGCGGAGUUCAGAAGAAAGUUGAUCGACUCACUCUUGGAGUACAAACCGUGUUCGGACAAGUUCCAAAAGAGCUUUCCGCCAAAUAUAUCGAUGCAGUCAAAGAACGAAUUCAUCGUGUGGACCCCAACAGCCAAUAUCUUAUUCUGGAAAAUUGCUCACCACUCGAGAUCGAAGUUUGUGUUCAUUCAUCAGGAGCCAUUUGGAACAAAGGAGACGGAGUUGCAGCUCUCGUUGAGUUUAACAAGGACUCCUUGAAGCUUGGAAAAGUAUGUGUUGCUGGAGAUACCACGAGUGACCUUCCAAUGCUUCAAAAGGCAGCCCAGGAGAAUCCAACACAAGUUCGUGCUUUGUUCGUCAACGUUAACAAGGAAAUUCAAAGCACCAUUAACAAAAUAGUCGGAGAUAGCUCACGUACCUGCUUCAUUUCCUGCCCUGAUGUCGCCCAUGCCGCCUUCGCCCAAAUUAUCAUUGAAUUGACCCAGAACGCUUGA